AUGCCGUCAGUGACGGAUAUUAAUUCAUCGAUAACAACAGCGAAAAUGAAUGGUAUUGAAAAUUUAGGAUUAAAACAGCAAGCACAAUCUGUUGCUGCAACUUUUUCAAAUGAUAAAGCCUUGACUACAGCACAAGAAAGUACGGAUCCGUUAACCCAAGCAGUUUUAAUGCUUGAAAAAAAACAACGAAAUCUCGCAAAACGCAAGGAUAAACUGGAAAGCUAUGAACAAGAAGCCAGAAGUGGAAAAGAAUUGAAUAAAGAUCAAAAGGAUGCACUUGCGAAAUAUGGAGAAGUUAUUGGACAAAUUGAAUGUGCAAAAGAAACCCAUGAACAACUUAAAAAGUUGCAACAAGAAUCUACUAAAUUACAAAAACGCACACAAAAACAAUUACAAGAGGAAAAGCGUGGAUAUGUUGGUCAACGUUUACGUGAAUAUAUACAGCUCAGACUAAUCAUGGAUGAUGUUAGAAAUGAACAAAGUCGAAAAAAAUUAGAAACGAUAGGAAUUAGCCUCAAAUCGGAUGAUGUGGUUGUAUUUGAUGAGUUAUAUAAAUCUAUUGUACCGUCGACAACAGUCGAUUUAUCACAACCAAUGGAUAAACAAUUUUCUCGUUGUAUUGAACAAUUUCAAAAUAUUUAUGAUGGAAAUACGAAAAAACCUUCGGGCAUCCAAGGAAAAACGUGUGCAGAGUUAAAAGAAUUUAUUGAGCAAUUUACGACAAAAUAUUCACAAAUCUUUGAUGGAGCACAACAACAAAAAUCAGCUUCAAUUCAACAGCAACAACCGCCAUCAGAUCAAGAAGAAAUAAAUAGUUCUACAACAUCCGUUGUACCAUUGGAAACAGCAGUUGCUGUACCUGAAUUGAUGUUGAGUGAUAUUAAAACAACUCCGUUGGUUGUACCACCUGUCCCAACCGCUCCAGCUACUGUAUUGCCCCAGCGACAGUCACGACAAAAUUUUCAACAACAACCAUCUGCAAAUGAUUUACAAAUGUAUGUGAAUAAUAGCAAUGUGAAACCAUCUGCUCCAAUGCAGCAACCACCAUCGAUGCAGCAGCUAAUAUCAACUCCAUCGAUGUAUACAAAUCCAUCGAAUAUGACUUCAAUGUCAAACAAGUUCUCGACUAAUCAAAUUUUAAUGCAUAAUGAAAUAAUUCGAAUGGAUACGCGUCAACAACAACCACCCAUUGCUGAUAUUAUUAACAAUGCUCCUAUUAGUUUUCUAGGUUUACAAGAUGCAACGAAUGACUAUAGUCAACAGCAAGAACUACUUGAUUCUUCACCUGUGGAACUUCAUGAAACACAGCAACAAUCACCCUCAUUUACCACCCAACAUAUUCCAUCAUUGGUUGUCACAAACUCAAAUUUAGCUAAUGAACGAGAUGUUUAUGGACAAAAUCCUCAACAAGUUAUACCGUCACAAGUGUAUGCUGAUUCAACUUCAACACAAAAAUGGAAUACGAAUCAAGGAAAUAAUGUUACAGUUGAUCAGGAGAAUGCCAGCCAACAGCAACACUAUGGUAACAAUAAGCAACAGCAUCAACAAUCAACAGCAGAUAACAUUAGCAGCGUUAAUGAUAACGGAAACGAUGAACAAUGGCAACAAAGUGGAAAUAGAGGUUCACGAAGUCGCGGUCGUAAUUUCAAUGGACAACGUACAACUGGUGGUGGUCGUCGUCCAUAUUCUGGCCAGCACCAACAACGUCCGUAUUAUGGUAAUGAUUAUAAUCAAGGAGGCAGAGGCUAUUCUGGCGGUGAUAAUCGUGACAGACCAUAUCGAGGUCGUGGUGGUGGAACUUAUUAUCGAGGAGGAAAUUAUCGUGGUGGCUAUGAUAAACCACAACAUAACGUUUAUAAUGAUCAACAACAACAGCCGCGUCAAACAGGAACAACUUCUCAAAAUCAACAAUAA